GCUGCUCCUCACACAGGAGCCGUUUCACCUGUGUCACAACCUUUUGUUGCCGUUUCUUUUUGCUCAUUGAAAUAUGUCCCUUCCAGCUGGGGAAAAGGAACGGGGGUUAGCAAUGCACGUUGUGUUAAUUUUUCGUAACAAAUGAAGAGAGGGACCUGGACUGUUCUAUUCAGUGCAAUUUCACCUGUACUGUUCUCUUAGCAGAGAGAAUUUCAGGAGAGGAAGAUAGUGAUGCUUCUGUUGCUGAAAUCAGUGGUGAACUAAAAAUGUAGCACAAGUUUAGAUAAGAAACAGCUGAGGGAGAAUGUUACUUAUGAAACUAUGUGAUAUGAAGAAAAUAGGAAAUAGUGUUUAGUUUCUCUGUGAUGACACAGAAGACUUGGGGACACCCAAGUGAAAGUACUGAAUGGCAGGUUUGGUACAAAUUAAAUUACCAGUCUCUUCCUAGGAUGCAUAAUUAAAACGCGGCAUUCACUGCCACAUAGUAUUGUAGAUACUAAAACUUAUGCAUAGUUUCUAAAAAGGAAAAAUCAAGCAGCUGUCCAUUUAGAAGUGUGAUGCGCCAAGAACAUAACCACUUUGGGAAGUCCAAAAUACACAGACAGAGGAAAGCUCGGAGGGGAAAUUUAUUUGCUAACUAGCUAUCUCCUAUGUUCCUAUGCUUUUCCCUAGGCACCUUUCAUGGUCAUCACUCAGAAAUGGGAUACCACGCUAUACUGGCCUUUGAGCUGAGACAGUAUUAUGUUAGUGCUGCUUGAGGAUUAAAGGUUCCACUUAAAUGUGCAGCCCUACUAGAGAUAGAAACAGAUGACCAAGCAGCCCUCCUUAAUAAGCCCAGGAAUAAAGGAGGAAACAGUGAUGUGGCAUCAGCUGGAUUUAACAUUAUUAAUUCAAUCAUAGGAUCACGCAUUAUAGGAUUGCCAUAUUCAAUGAAGAAAGCUGGUUUUCCUCUAGGAAUACUGUUUGUGGUUGCCUUAAUCACAGAUUAUUCCACUAUAUUACUGAUCAAAGGAGGAAAUCUGUCCAGUGCCAAAACUUAUCAACAGCUGGUCAAAAAAACAUAUGGUCUUGUAGGUUAUCUAAUCCUUUCAAUUCUCCAGUUUUUAUAUCCAUUUAUUGCUAUGAUCAGUUACAACAUAAUGAUAGGAGACACUUUAACUAAAGUUUUUCAGAGAAUUCCUGGAGUUGGGGUGGAUAGCAUGCUUACCGACCGUCACUUCAUAAUUCUUCUUACCACCAUCAUCUUUACCUUACUGAUAUCUUUAUAUCGAGACACAGCAAAAUUGGGAAAGGUAUCUCUUCUUUCUCUGAUUCUAACCAUUGUCAUCCUGGUGGUUGUGAUGGUGAGAACAGUAAUAACCUUCAGUCCACAAGUAAUUGAAUGCUGCUUUAUCAGAUGAUUUCUCCAGUUACCAACAUAUUUAUGAUUUUUCUUUUUUCAUCCAAUACUCUAGCAUGAUUGUGUUAAUUGCACAUUUCAUGCUUUCAAUUAAGGACAUUUUUUGCUUUUUUUCCAUAUGCAAGUCAUUGCUGAAUACAUUCAAAAGUACUGGACUCAGGUUCCACUGGAAUCCCAUUUGGACAUCUUCCUGCUUUGAUAAUUACUUUCUGAGUAGUAAUCAGUUUUCAUUUACCUUUAGAUUUUUCAAGGUGAAUACCUCUUCCCUUUGAGAGGUACAAGAUCAUUAUGUGGAAAUGAUAAAACAUUUUUUGCUUACUGCAGUCCAUGUUCUAAUUGAAAAUUAAAUCUUAUUUGGACAACAAAGCAAUAAAGCAAUUUCUGCAAUAAUCUGAAACUUUCUGCAAUGUUUUACACCAUCUAGAAACAACAAGAUUAUUACCAUUUUAAACACAAUGUUGCUUCUUUUUUUUUGUUUGUUUCCCUCUUUAUUUGCUUUGGAUGUGGGACUGGUUGUCCAAGGACAUUUUAGGAAUGGCUGGUAAUUUAUGUACUGUGAUCAGAAAAAAAACAGGUAAGAGUUAACUCGAACUGUAAAGUGCAGCAUGUUAAUACUGUAUGAAAUAACUUCAUGCUUCUAACCUGAAACUAUAAUUCCUUCCUUUCAAAAGAAAUAUUUUAUGUUGCUCAUAAAGAAGGAUCAUUUUAAUUUAAUUUGGUGUUCUUUAUGAAGAAUGUUAUGGUGUCAGUGUCUCCAUAAUACAUAAAUGUCUAUGAAAAACUUCAAGAGCAUCUGCUACACAUAAAGAGAAUGUGAGAAUUACUGAACUGGCAGCUGAUUCCAGGGAUAAAACACCAAGGGCUCAGGAAAAAAAAAAAAAGCAAACUUUAAAGUAAAAAGCUGAUUCUUUCCUUCACAUAAAAAAUAUAGUAGUAAGCAAAGGUAGACUUUAAUGUAUGGUGAAAUUAAAGAAACCCAACCAACCUACUUUAUAUUUACAGAACUGUUAAGUCAUUCAUUAAGGAAGAAAGAAGAGUAGAUGUAGCUGUAUCUAAGUUGGGCUGACAUAAUAGCUUUGCCUUGUCUGUGUUCUUUCACAAGAUGACUUUGAUUAAUAUAAAAUCCAAGACUAAAGUGAGCUGCAUUCAUUUUCUUUCCAUUGUAUUGACUAAAGUUCUAUUCAGCAUCUAUGAACUUUUCAGUAUCUUUAAACUUUUAAAGUUCAAGAAGACCUAGAAAGGUAUUUUACCUUAGAAUCAAAUUAAAUUGAAAUGUUACAAUUAAUUUUCUAAAUAUUUAAAUCAUUGAAUUAAACCUGAAUGAAUCUAUGAGGUGAUUCUGGAUUAUAUUGUUAAGUGCUGGUUUGCACCCAAACUUGGCAGUUUGACACUGAUCUUUAAUCCAAAACGAUGGAAGUCUUUUGCGCAUUCCCUCAUGUAGCUUCCCUGUCAAAAAUAUGACUGUUCCUCUCUUGAAAUCACCUUUCUCUUUUCAAGUCAGUGUUUUAUAGCCACAAGCUGGUUGAGAUCAGGGAUUUUUCUUGUCUUCUAUAAAGAUGUUUUGCUUCUCAUGCACUCUUCUACUGCAGAAUUUCUAUAUAAAUGACAGAAAAGAUUUUUGUAUAGCAUCAGUCUUAAACUGGGGACUAUUAUGCUGCAGGUGUUUUACAAGAGGUAAAAGAGAGGCCAUCUUAGACUGCCAAACAUUUGCCCAACUCUUACUCAUGAUCUGGAUGCUUACAGUGUUAGGAUGUCUUAUUCUCUGCCUGGUUCGUUCAUCUCAAUUUCCCCAUUCUUAUGUAGAUAAACAUUAAUAUUUUCAAAACUUUUUAGAACUUUAAUUUAUUUAUUAUGAUAUAUUUUCCCUUACAUAUAUUGAAGACUUAGUAAAGUCUUAUUUUCUUACCCUCUAGGUCUUCGUCAUUGCUAGGCCUCACUACCUUCAGUCUGUCUUGCUUUUGUCUUAGUUUGUCUUGCUUAGUUUCAGCUAAGACUUUUUCCCUGUAUGUGAACUCCCUUAGACUGUCUUUUUACUCAGUAUUUUACUAUUUUUGUUCCAAGAGCUACAGGUAAAUUCCAUCUCAGGUUUUACUUUGUGUUUCAGCUUCUACUAUAUAUGAUAGACAGUACAGUUGUCAGCAAAUGCAUUUGUUCAAAAAUGUAUUUCUUCUCUUACCUUUCAUUGUUUCAUCUAACUAAUAUCUCUUCAGUGUGAAGAAAGCUUCCAGUUCAUGCAGGCAUAGCCUAUGCUUUUAUACACUGAGUGAGUAGCAGAGAGCUAGCUGAUUUUGUCAUUCAUGGAUUUUCAGAGCUAAUGCUAUUCUUGUAUAAGCAGCAGUUAAAAUCUUCCCCUAAUAACUCCUAACAAGAAUGUAGGUCAGAACAAAGGUCCCCUCAAACCAAACAAACACACACAAAUCUUGAACAGUAGCAGAAGGAUUGAAAAACCACAAGAAGUUGUCCUGUAUUCUUGUGAUACACUUUCAGUGUGUGCAUGCAUCUGGCUACAGAGAUGCAUAUAUUAAAUCAAUUUGUGUAUGUUUACUUUGGUAGAUGAUGUUUCCAUUAGAUGACCUUUGGCUUGUGAGUGAUUUUAUAUGAUUGUUCGCUAUAUGGCUCCUCUACAACUAACACUACUGUUUUCUGGCACAGUUUUUCUGAGAAGUCUUUCUAUGAAGUCUUAUUUUAUAUGGACACUUUCAUGUCACCUGCAUCCUUUCCCAGGAGCUUUUCAUAUGUCUAUUUGUUCUGCAGACUGAACUUGGGAGUAAUUUCUCACUGAUGUGAUCACCAUUCUAAAACUGUUGACUCUCAGUUCCAAACACUCAGAAAUUAAUUUUUUGGCUGUGUGCUUUCACUGCAUGAGGUCCCUCUAUUCCCACAAUAUGAAAAUAUUUUUUCAAAGCACAUGCAGCAGUAUAUGAGUUGCUGCAGAAAAUAGCACAUCUGUACCAGCAUACAUUGUAGGUCAUUACAAGCUGCUGGUAGUGUUCAAAUCAGGGAUCUGGAAUUCUUCCUCUAUUCUGCAACUAGAAUCUAAGGAAUUUAUCUUCUUAGGCUGCUAAAUAAGCAGGAUUUUGUUCUUUUUUUCCCCUAAUAAUACUCCUAAUCUGAUUUGUCAUUCAUCGGUAAAGCAAAACAAUAUCUUGGUCUUUUGCAUAUUGCUAGUGCAUAAGCUCACUGUGCAAAGGGAAAACCAGCUCCUGUGAUUCUUUUUAAUUAAUUGGCCACUUAAUUAAAAAUAUUUCAAGUGAAAUUCAUAUACUUUCUUAAUUAUCUUUUAAAAUCUGUAUUUAUAGGAGCUCAUAAUGCAGCUAUAACAUUGCACCGGAUGUACCAUUUUCACAGAAAUUAAAUGUGUUUCAGGCAAAAGCAUUCUUUAUUUUUUUACAUUUAAAAAUAUUUUGGUUUAUAAGGUAUUAAAUAAUCUAACUUCAUUACUACUAGGAAGGAGCCAAAGAAAACUUCUGCUGUCAGAUGAAAAUAUAAAACAAUUUUCAUUUUGUAUAUUUAUUAUCAAAGCUGACCUCUAGUGGUUACAGAAUGGAAUAAAUGGAGUGUUAGCUUCCUUUAUACUCUUUUUAUUUUGAAAUAUUAUUGCAAUUUUUCCAAUCAGAUGUGAAUGUUUUCCUUAAAAAUAUUACAUUCAAAAUUAUUAACAUUAAUUUUCCAAACACAUCUCUAGGUGUAGUGAAAUGAGCGGUGCUCUAAUAUUAAGGGAGCUUAUAUAAGGAACCACAGCAGCUGUAGAGGGUCAGCUUUCUGCUUAUCUUUCUGUUCUCUCCUGACUAAACGUUGAUUCUAGGCGCUUCAUAAGGUAAUACCAUAUGGAAAAACUAUAGUUGCCAUAUGGAAUUCCAAAAUAGCAUUCAAGAAAAGUUCAGGAAGGUCUGAAUUUUCAUAUGUGAUUUCCUAAAAGAGACAGUAUCCACUAAACACUGCAAACUCCCUGCAAGAGAAUGGACUUACUGUAUUAAUACAAAUAGAGAAGUAAUGAACUAAAGACAAAAGAAGUUAGAAACAAAA